AUUUCCAAAAAUCCAAAUCCUCAGAAAAACACAAGUCUCUCUCUACCUUUGACAACCCAUUUCAAUCCCACCACCAGUUUUCCUCUCCCUCCCAGAAUCCAGAGCCUUCUUAUUCUUCUCCUUUCACUCUCAGUACCUGUCUGAACAUCAACACCAAGGUAAAAGCUUUGGUGUUGCAGAAAUGGCUACCGGAGCUGUACCGGCUUCCUUUACGGGCCUAAAAGGCAGGGAGACGAGGUUGGGGUUCACUAAAAGCAUGGAUUUUGUGAGGCUCUCUGAUUUGAAGCGGUUUAAGUCUGGCAGAACUAGGAUUUCAGUGAUAAGGAACUCGAAUCCUGGAUCGGAUAUCGCUGAACUCAAGCCUGCAUCUGAAGGCAGCCCUUUGUUAGUUCCUCGACAAAAGUAUUGUGAAUCCAUACACAAAACUGUCAGAAGAAAGACAAGGACAGUGAUGGUUGGAAAUGUGGCUAUUGGCAGUGAGCAUCCCAUAAGGAUUCAAACGAUGACAACAAGUGACACAAAGGAUGUAUCUGCUACAGUUGAAGAGGUGAUGAGAAUAGCAGACAAGGGUGCAGAUAUUGUUCGGAUAACAGUUCAAGGGAAGAAGGAAGCAGAUGCUUGUUAUGAGAUUAAAAAUUCCCUGGUGCAGAAAAAUUACAAUAUACCUCUGGUGGCAGAUAUUCAUUUUGCUCCUUCUGUUGCGUUGCGAGUUGCUGAAUGCUUUGACAAAAUUCGUGUCAACCCUGGAAAUUUUGCUGAUAGACGCGCACAAUUUGAGAAGUUAGAGUACACAGAAGAUGACUACGAGAAAGAACUUGAGCACAUUGAGCAGGUUUUUACUCCAUUGGUUGAAAAAUGUAAGAAGUAUGGAAGAGCAAUGCGUAUUGGCACAAACCAUGGGAGCCUUUCAGAUCGUAUAAUGAGCUACUAUGGAGAUUCACCUAGAGGAAUGGUAGAAUCUGCAUUUGAGUUUGCGAGGAUCUGCAGGAAGUUGGACUAUCAUAACUUUCUUUUCUCAAUGAAAGCAAGCAAUCCGGUUAUUAUGGUCCAAGCUUAUCGUCUUCUUGUGGCUGAAAUGUAUGUUCAAGGCUGGGAUUAUCCAUUACACUUGGGUGUCACUGAAGCUGGAGAAGGUGAGGAUGGACGGAUGAAAUCUGCAAUUGGUAUUGGGACCCUUCUUCAGGAUGGUUUGGGUGAUACAAUUAGGGUUUCACUUACUGAAGCACCCGAGGAGGAGAUCGAUCCUUGCAAAAGAUUGGCCAACCUUGGUAAAAGAGCAGCUGAUCUCCAGCAAGGAGUGGAUCCAUUUGAAGAGAAACACCGACACUACUUUGAUUUUCAGCGGCGAUCUGGUCAACUGCCAGUGCAAAAGGAGGGUGAUGAGGUGGAUUAUAGAGGGGUCCUGCAUCGUGAUGGCUCAGUUCUGAUGUCAGUCUCCCUUGAUCAGUUGAAGACACCAGAGCUUCUGUACAAGUCACUUGCAGCAAAACUUGUCUUGGGCAUGCCAUUUAAGGAUCUGGCAACAGUUGACUCGAUCUUAUUGAGACAACUACCACCUGUUGACGACGAUGAUUCUCGUCUGGCUCUCAAAAGGUUGAUAGAUGUAAGUAUGGGUGUUAUAACGCCAUUGUCAGAGCAGCUUACGAAACCAUUACCAAAUGCCAUGGUUCUGGUAAAUUUAAAGGAAUUAUCAACUGGUGCAUACAAGCUUUUGCCAGAAGGUACACGCUUGGUUGUCUCGGUCCGUGGUGAUGAACCCUAUGAAGUUCUGGAUCUUCUCAAAGGCCUUGAUGUUACAAUGCUUCUCCAUGACCUGCCAUUCAGUGAAGAGAAAAUAAGCCGAGUGCAUGCAGCAAGGAGGCUUUUUGAGUAUCUGGGAGACAAUGAUCUAAACUUUCCUGUAAUACACCAUAUUCAGUUUCCAAGUGGAAUUCAUAGGGAUGACUUGGUUAUUGGUGCUGGUACCAAUGCGGGAGCCCUUUUAGUAGAUGGGCUUGGAGAUGGUCUCCUAUUAGAAGCCCCUGACAAGGAUUUCGAGUUCAUUAGAAACACAUCUUUCAAUUUACUACAAGGUUGUAGAAUGCGGAACACAAAGACGGAGUAUGUCUCAUGCCCAUCAUGUGGAAGAACUUUGUUUGAUCUGCAAGAAAUAAGCGCACAAAUACGGGAGAAGACAUCGCACUUGCCUGGUGUUUCAAUUGCAAUCAUGGGUUGCAUUGUAAAUGGACCUGGGGAGAUGGCAGAUGCAGACUUUGGGUAUGUUGGUGGUGCUCCUGGAAAGAUUGAUCUUUAUGUUGGGAAGACCGUGGUGAAGCGUGGAAUAGAGAUGGAGCAUGCAACUGAUGCCUUGAUCCAGCUAAUAAAAGAUCAUGAUCGCUGGGUUGACCCUCCAGCAGAAGAGUGAGUGUGCACAGGGGAAUAAGAGGAGGGUUGUCCUCAUUAUGUUGUAUACUAAAGUUCCCAUAGUUGAAAUCAAUACAUGGUGAUUGGAGCAUAGAAAGAUUCAUGUAAAAUGUUCCUCAUCUAGUAUACAAAACAACAGUGUAAUCCUCCCAUUAAUAAUCGAAAAGAUUAGGGUUUAGACUGUUUGGUGGAUGGUGCAAAAUAAAACUCUUAAAGAACAGGCUGUUGA